AUGUCUAAUUAGGGGUUCGAAAAUGCUUUAUUUUAAUAUAAUUAUUCAAUAAAAAAAGUAAAAAAUUAAAAUAUUGACAUUUAAUUUUACAAAUCCCUAAACCAUAGAAUAAUAAUCAAUAAAUAAAUUCUUCAAAAAGAUUCAGUUCAAUCCUAUUCAAAUAGUUGUUAAUUCAUAAUUAUAAUCAUCCUUAAUAUAUAUCAAUAAUAUUGAUUGAAGUCAUUAUAAUUUCAAUUGAUUAAAAUAGCUCUCCAAUACCAAUUUCAUUAAUUCAAGUUAAUUUCAAAAUCAAAUAGAUAAAUUUAAUAAAUUAUUCAUUAAUUUUAUCAUAUCUGUGUAAUAAUGAUUAAAAUAUGUGCUUUUAAGUUUGGAAUGUGUAAAAUUUACCAAAAUAUAAUUAUAUAAAGAAUCUUUAUAGUGAAAAUAUUGAUAAAAAAGUAAUAAUAUAAUCUGAUAAUUUGUUCUUAUAUGUUACUUUUAGCAAUUACACUGUUUAUGUCUAUAAUCCUUCCUUACCAUAUCAUCUGAGCUUAUAUUAUAAGUUAGAAUUAACUUCACCGAUUCAAUUUAGUGUUUAAUUGUCAUUAAACAAUCCAAAUUCAAUAAUAUUUUCUAAUAACAAUUUCUACAUUCUUUUUGAAAGUUAAUAAUUUAAUCUCAUUAUUAAUAUUCAAAUUAAGACUUUAACAAUUCAAAAAGUUAUCCCUUAUAUACUUAUAAUUAUACCGUAAAAUCAGCAUUGA